AUGCUGACGCCCCUCAGUGCAAUUAUAACAUCGCGUAAGAGGAAGCUGCGUGAGCUGUUCGCGGUCGCGACCGUCGCCGAAAGCCAGUCCCACGAUGGCUUCGCAAACCCCGACGCGACACCGUCGACACCAGCCGAAGCGCACUUUCUGCAAGCUAAUGAAAUAGUCCAAGGCAGAAAGUUCAUCGACCAAACCAUCCCUCCGCACCACCUCCCCCCUCUCGAGUCCCUCCACCGGUCGCUGGCCGCCUUGCAAACCCCUACCACGCUCCCGACGCCCUCCGGAGAGCAGAAGCUGCCGCUUGCUGCGCAGCCUGUCCCGUGUCAGCAGACCAAGGUCUCGCCGCCACAGAUCAGACCCAACGCUGCGACUCCCUCCCAUUCUACCCUGCCUCGCGCCGUUGAGGUGCGCCGGCCUAGCCCCCCGACGACAUCGACGCCUGUCCCCGAGAACGCGACAGCCCCCACUCGCGCCGCUCCGCGGCCUCCUUCAACCACGCCGAUCACAGCAGCACAGACCCCACCAGCUCACCGACCAAGCAGCGUCCCCAUCGCGCCAGCUGCGCCGACGCCUGUAUCGACAGAGGCACAGUCACAGAAGUCGCCAUCUCCCCCGGUUCAGACCAAGGUGGCACCUCCGCCCGCUCUCAAAAGCACGACCAGCGCAGACGAGACCAGCGCCGCGGCCCCGAAGCCUGCCGACUCGAGACCUGUGGAGUCGAGGCCUGCCGUCUCCGGCCCGGUUGCACCAGCACAGCAGGACAACGCCGUCUCGCGGACCAAGACAAGCCUCGAUGUACCGCGCCCUGCAGACGUACCCUCAUCGCCCGAGUCCAGUGCUCGAAGCGCAACUACGCCGGCCAUUCACGAUACAUCGACCGACACCAGCCCGGAUAAUGGAGGGUCAUCCCACCACGAACUGCCUGAAAAGCAGGACCCCAAGGGUGAUCGGGCGGAUGAAGGCGCGCAAGGGAAGCCAGCUGAUGCUGACGCUCAUGAUGCAGAGGGUGCCGACUCGGCUGAGGAUCAACUCAUCCAAGAGUCACUACGCUCCAGUGCUGCGGCGAGGAGCCCUGGAGGUCAAAAGGUGGAGGCCGUUCCAGCGGCACCGGCAGCCGAGCCCGCCAAGUCGAGCCCUCAAGAAGCGGAAGCCCCUUCGCCGGAAAAGCCCCAGAACACACGCCCUGCAGUAGAGCGUCCCGCCGUACAGGCCGUACAGGCCGUGGAGCAGGUGGGGGAUUCGGCCGAAAUCCCCGAUAGCAGGGGCAACUCGCCGGAAGAGAUGGACGUCCACCCAACCGGACCUGCAGCUUCUGCUGUCGAGACUGCGCCUAUCGUCGAGACUGCCCCUGUUCAGCCUAAGCAGGAACCCAUCACCGACGACCAGGCGCCUAUCACUCCUUCUACGCCCCCCAAGCAAGAGCAGACUGAUGCUGCUUCCCAGGCACGGCAAGGGGCCGUGACCAGGGUGUCUUCGGGAGCCAUGCGGCCUAGAUCAGUGACCGAGAUCGUGGCCGGGGGCCUCAGCCUAGAUCGUCGCCCCUCAUCAUCCAAGGACGAGCAGAAUCAGCUGACACCCUUGACGUCGACCUCGUCGCAUUCACCCAGCCGCGGUAGACGACCCACUGCUCGCAAGGAUCGACAAAAGGGACAAGUCUCGGCCGUACUGUUCGGCAAGCAUCCUACAAGGGUCGACGAGAAAUCGGUUGCGGGCUCGUCAAAGGACGCAGUACAGCCGUCUGAUGACUAUUACACGCCUCUUUUCAUCCAAGGAUUUGCUAGGGCAGGCUCAACCUGGAUGCAGCCGCUCGAGAAGAUCCUCUUCCACGCCAACAAGACUGUCGGGACGGCCGACGCCAACCUGGCCAUCCUGGACCACCAGGCUUGCAAGAUACUGCACAGGGUGUAUCAUCUCCAGAGUACUGACAAGUGGACUCUCCGGCAACCAAAGCGCUGCCCCGAGCCCACGCGCCCCCCGUCACACUGGGACAUGGCGCUUAAGGAGAUGAGAUGGAUGCGAACCGACUUCCGCGAGGAACGCAAGUGGAAGAUGGCUGCUGCCAGGAACCUGGCGGAGGCCUGUGCCGAUUGGUGCAACGCAUCGCCCCAGGAGCGCAAAGCUUUGCAAGUUCCCGCCAUGAUCCCUCCCCGCAGCGCACCCGCAGACGAGGAUGUGGCCAUGACGGAAGAUGCAGUCGAGGACGCAACGGACAACGUGCCAACGCCGGAGCUCGUACCAGGAGACGUGGCGUCGCCACAGAAUGCAGACGACCUCAGCGACUUCCUGCAGGAGACUGUGUCCCCGUCCGCCAUCUUCACGCUGCACGAGGAUGACGUCGUGUUCGGAUUGCGGCACACAGCUGCUGCCGAUCAGCUCCUUGGAGAGCUCCCCGUGUACGCACCGCCUCUCAAGGUGCCCACCUCGGAUCCUCUGGCGCCCCAGUUCGAUCCAGACGCGUCAUGGCGCAGGCCGGCUCUGCCUCUGAGCAAGUACGUCGAAGGGCAGAUGAAGCUGAUCUCGGAGGGCCCGCCGAGGAAGAAGAGCAGGUACGACUACGACUCGGACGACUCGGACGACGAAGCCGCGGACGGCGGGUUCGUAAGCCAGCAGCAACUGCCGUCGUCGGACAAUACGGUGCUCCCGGCCUCCACGGACGAAGUCGCCCUCUUCCGGCCUGAAAUGAAGCAUAUCCGCGAUCGACUGCACGCCGGGCACCAGUUCCGCCCCCCUACAGACCAUCCCAUGCCUCCUCAGAACUUUUACGAGUGCCGUCACCCUUCGCAGUGGACGUGCGCCGAGGACGACGAGCUCCGGGGCCUCGUCAGGGAGCACUCGUACAACUGGCCCCUCAUCUCGAGCAACCUGUCGAGCCGGUCCAUGUACUCGUCGGGAGCCGAGAGGCGAACGCCCUGGGAGUGCUUCGAGAGGUGGAUCAACCUGGAAGGCAUGCCGUCUGACAUGCAGAAGACGCAAUACUUCAGAACAUACAACAGCCGCAUCGAGUCGGCGCAGCGCGUGGUGAUACAGAACCAGCUGGCCGCUCAACAGGCAGCGGCAGCAGGUGCAGCAGCGGGCGGUGCCGGAGGAGCGGCAGCCGCUGCGGCUGCGGCCCAACCUGUGCGGAGGAGACAGACCACCCCCCUCCGGGUUGAGAGACGCCGUAACCAGAAGCACAUGGCGCUCAUCGACGCCAUGAGGAAGCUGGCGAAGAAGCGGGAGACGAUACUGCAGAAGCAGCAGCAGAGUGCGGCUCAGAGCGCGGCCAACAAGAAGCCCGAACCCCCGGCCCAGAGGCACAACAAGACGCCCCGCGAUUACAGUCUCAUCCGGUGGGAGAGGGAUCAGGCGUUGGCGGAGAAGAUGGCGGCCUUUGCUCAGCGGCAAGACGCCACGAGGAGGGAUUCUUCGUCUGCUGGAUACGUACGACCGGAUGAAAGCUGA